CGAUUGGUUAAUCGGACUGCCUCGCAAUCAAUGCACUACCGGUACCUUUUGUUGUGCGACUGAAGCUACAUCCUUGCUAGUAACAAUAUCAACGUCCCAUAUGUGUUGAUUUACUGCGUUAUAUUAGUGUGCAUUAAGAGCUUACGUUAAUGGCGAAGAGACGUGCCGACGACACAUUUCUUCACGAGGCUCCCAAUAAAAGGUGUUACCGUUCCCUGAGCAGCGCUGACCUGAAUCUGGACAGCAUGGAUCCUACCGGCGGGGGUGUGAGCGACACAAAGAGGCCGUAUCACUUUGAAAAAAACGAAAAGCAAGAAGCAGCGGCUCUUAAUCGCAAACCUACGGACUUGUGCGACACUAUGAAGCACGCAGCAAAUAUUUUGACGGUGCAGACUUCUGGAAGUUCUCAAGAUCGUCACAAUUCCAGCGAGCUUACACACUCAAAGAAACGACCUCGAGAUGACUGCACGAGUUCAGAGACUGUUGUUCCUAAAGCUGAUGAUAAAGCUGAUGAAGACCCCGACCCUGAAGACUGCACUUUCAAUUGCUUCCAGUACUGGAGGGUCCCAUUACCUAAACUUGACCUUUCACUGCUGAAAGAUGCCAAUGAGAAUUCCCAAGGCGGAAAAGAUGAGUCAAAAGUCAAAGACUCUUCUCCCUAUGCCAUGGAAACUUGAAAACAACCGUUGCAAGCUACACUGCUCUACUCUGUCCGUACAUCAGCAGUCAAGUGUGAUAAUGAAAUGUACUGCUUUUGAGCAGAUAGAGGCAUCAAAAGCAUAGAAAGGUUAUACACAUCCAGGUGAGAUGCAACAACCUUAAGUCACGGACUGCCAAAGUUUCCUCAUCAGUGAUAUUCUGUUAGUGAGCCUUGUGCAGGUUUAAGAACCCAGUGAUCUGCAAAAAUACUAGUGGUGACCAAAAUUGUGGGGAAAUGUUAGUACAUAUUGAUGGAGGGGUUGCCCGUGCAUCCUCAAAUUGUAGACUGAUUUCAAAAGUUUCUACAGAUUUGUAUGAACAAUAUGUUGAACUGCCUUUAGUACAAUUGUGACUUAGGCAUUUAGUUUUGUGCAGAAUCCCUACCUUGCCGACUUGGUAUAAGUACACAACAGUUCAUAUUAUAAUCACUCAGUAAUUUCUUUCAAAGUGUGCUGUAUGUAAGUCAUUCCUAAAUUGCUGUUAACAGACCAUAUGACUAAGUUGUAGAUGUUGGAUAGAUUUUCUAAAACACCUUAUUAAAAGCUUAAGUGUA